CUACAUGUGUAGUGGAAGCUAAGCUAGCUGCUAACCACAACAAGCAUUAGUGAAGUGAAAGGCGAUGAUUUAGUGUUACAUAAACCGAUUUUAAGUACCGUGAGAGUUAGUUUGUACUUUUAGACACUCUUCGUCCAAACUGGGGAGAAUAACGCAGCACUAACAGGCUAACUUGUGUUAGCAUUAGCUUCCAGUCUUGCAGUCCCAUGUCAGUGAGCUGUCAGCAGUGAAGGAUGUGGAGAUGUUGACACCAACUCUUUCAGCAGGACAACAGAGAGACUUGUCCGAAAGACUCAGCGCUUUCCUGUCUCACUACAGCCACGUAUCCGACUCCUAUAUUAUUGAGUUCUUCACUGAAGAUCUCUGGCAUACUCUACCCGACACCUGGCAGCAGGUGUUGCAGGACCUGUCCUACCCACAGAUUGCAGACCUGUUACUGGAUGCCGCACAUGGAGACCGGAGAUACCCGUCGGUGUGGCCUCUGUCUCUCUUGGCGUUUCGUGCCACAGCUCACGCUCUGGCGUUUCCCAGAGAGUGCGGGCGGGAGCAGGGCCGGACAGCGAGCUCGGUGAAACCUGAGGAGUUCCAGGAAAACCAAAGUCAGAGCUCACUGCUGGGACACAUAUUCAGGAAACACGUCAAACCCAAGAAACAGCAUGAGAUCCGCAAGCUGGGCACGCUGGUAAAACGACUUUGUGAGCAGACUGACUGCAGCAGUGUGGUGGAUGUGGGCUCUGGACAGGGUCAUCUGACUCGUUUCCUGUCCUUUGGACUCGGGCUGUCUGUGACCGCCAUUGAGGCUGAUCACACCCUGGUUGCUAUGGCGUCCAGGUUCGACCAGCAGUUACUGUGGGCCUUGGAGAAGGAAAAGCAGAAAAAGAGCUGCUCCUUUCUGGUCCCAGCUUCACAGUCCUCUCCCCGCCACGUGGCCGGUUGGGUAAACCCCAAGGCAUCAUGGGAGGCCUUCAUCAAGCAGCUGAGUGCGGCAGAUUGUGUCUCCGAAGGUUCCCCGACUCCGUCUGGACCGAGCAAAAAGAAACUGCGGGGCUCUGAGCAUGAGCAGUCCACUUGUGUUGUCCAGACUCCAUCGUGUUGUGCUUCCACAGACUCUGACAGUCGCUCACUGGACUCUGAAUCAACAUCACAGCAUCCGUUAAACACGUCUGUUGAGGAGUCAUCUGCUGAAAACUGCUGCUCGUGUGUGCAGCCUGUCUGUCAGGAGGCGGUAUGUCCUCAGGAGAACAGCCCAGACUUUGUCCUCACCGGUCUCCAUGCCUGUGGUGACCUCAGCGCCACCCUCCUCCGCCACUUUGUCAACUGCCCACACGUACGCGGCAUCACCUCUGUGGCGUGCUGCUACAUGAAAAUCACCACCAAAGAAAAUCCCUCCCCUCCAGGACGGGUAGCAGCUCCACAAACAUCCAGCCAGGAAGAACUUCACUCAGAGUUCGGCUACCCGAUGAGCUCCUGGGUGCGAGGGCUGCCGGGGCAUCAGUUGUCCUAUAAGGCGAGGGAGGGGGCGUGUCAUGCCAUUGAGGACUAUGUACGGAGGCUUCGGGAGGAGAGCGAGCUGCUGAAGACACACUGUUACCGGGCGAUGCUGGAGACGUUCAUCAGGGAUACGAGGCCGGAUCUGCGCAGGGCCGGAAUCCAGACCAUAAAGAAAGCCCAUCUGCUUCCAUUCACAGAGUACGCCCGCCUGGGUCUGGCACGGGUCAGCCUGCCUCCUGAGAUGCCUCUGGACCCGGAGCGGGUGGAGGCCAUGUUGAGGCAGCAGAGCAGGGUGGUGGUGUAUUUCAGCCUGUCCCUGCUGCUGGCUCCUGUGGUGGAGACGCUGGUGCUGCUGGACAGGAUGAUCUACCUGCAGGAGAACGGUGUGGACAGUCAGCUGGUUCCUCUCUUCAACCCAAACUUUUCCCCAAGAAACUUUGUGCUGGUGGCUCUGAAGCCCCGUGGAUAAGGAGGAGGAAAAUGGGAGACUACACGAGACACAAUGAAAUAUGACCCAAAAACAAGAGAUCCAGAGUCCUAAGGUUGUUUUGUUCCUCUGUUUUUAGAGAUGUUAAAUAAUGAACAUUAAGGGGAUUUUUUUUUUGCUGGCCUUCGGACAUCUUCUGACACACAUGUCCUUCCUGCUAUGGAGCCAAUCAGAUUUUCAGCCUGGAACAUGCUGGAGAUCGAAAGCUUUGGCAUCUUGCUGCUGCCAAAGUGUGCACUCAGUUCUGCUUCCAUAGACACUGACUGAUUAUUAGGAUCCACCAAAAGAUCUUGCCUGACAUUAGACAGAAAUGUCACCUCGUUACACUCCGUGUUCAUCUUUGGUCUGACAUUGUGUCCACUCUAAGUGACUCCAGUGGAGGAGGGGGAUUCAAUUUUCCCCCAAAAAUAAUCAUUUUAAAGGAGCAGUGUGUCAGAUUUAGGGGGUUCAUUGCAGAUUGGAACCAGCUGAAACUUCUCCCGGUAAGAAUUCCUUCAGUUUUUGUUGUUCUGGAGGUUUUUACCGGGAGCUGAAUUAUCCACAGAGAUCUCUUCCUCUCCGACCAGGUGAUUUGAAACGGUAAAAACACUCCGUAAAGCAGUUUCAAGUUACACAUGAGUGUUUCUUCAGACACUGUGUGUAGGAGAUGGGCCCUUAACUAUGGUGGCCAACAUGAAAAUGCAAAUGUCCCAAUCUAGAGCCAGUGUUUGGUUUGUCCAUUCUGGGCGACUGUAGAAACAUGAGAUAGAGAUAGAUAUAAACGGCUCAUUCUAAUGUAACAAAAACACAGCGAUUCAUAUUUUCUGGUGAUUUUACACCAAAGAAAACAGACUUAAUGUAUUCCAUAUCUGACAAUAUAUCCCCCUGAAUCCUUCACACUGGACCUUUAAGUCCACACUGAUGCGUUUCCAUGCCAACAUUCUGGUUUUGCUGGGGUUUUAAGAGUGAAGUUAAGCGAAGUAAAAACAAACCACAAUGUCAGGCAAUAUUGGAAAACAUGUUGAUUCAGAACAGCCUCAAUGGCAACGUCUGUCUUCUCUACAGCGCUUGCCAUUGUUGUUAUGACUGACAACCACUUAAUAACAGUGUAAGUGUCGCCCACGGCUCUCAUUGGCUGUUUUUUAUUUUAACCAAGAAGCCACUGUUUCAUGUCAUGAUGCAGACGAAUCAGUCAACUCGAACUUGUUGGAGUGGGCGGAUUGAGAGGUCUGGACUCAGGUAACCAAAGAUCAUGUUUUCAUAGGUUUGUCAUGAAAUUCAGCACAAACCAAGGCAUAGUUGUUUUGUUGUUGUUAUUUUUUAAGAGGAGACACACCAGGUGAACAUGGUAACAUUUGUAUCUCAGAGAUGUCACCAUGAAACGUCUCCAGUUGAUUUCUUACAGAAAGUAAGUUAUUUUUUAUAUUGCACAUUUGGUGAAAUUGUACAUUCAAAUAUGCAAAUGAGGCACUGUCUGCCUGGAUUUCCAAAAAUCUGAACAUUUGAUAAAACCAGGUUUAAAACUCUUUCAUUUUGCUGUCAAACUGAGUCAAACGUUUUUACAGAGGGAAUUUGGAUAUCUGUUUUUAUCACACCGUAAGUGUCAGACAAUACUGUCAGCCAUUGUAAAAAAAUCAAUUUUCGGCAUGUUUUCAGGAAUAAAAUGUUCAGUAAAUCAGGCUCUGAACAAACCCCACAGUAAAACCCUUCAGGAUAUAAAUAGGAGUAAAACUGUAAAGUUUGAGGAGUGUAAGUGCUGCUGAAGUUGUCCCAGAGUUUGAGAAAUAACUCAUUUUGAGAAAACAGCCUUGAAAGAUAAGAUUUUAGACAAAAAUAAGACAGUGGGGUAAAAAUGUUAACUAACAGAUUUCACCAUGAAACUUCCCCAGUUGAUUACUCAGGCUACAUUAAAGCCACAGUGUGUAGGAAUUUCUCCCAUCUAACGUUGAAAUCAUAUAUUGCAUUCAAACAGAUGGCGCACUCUAGCGCCUCACUGUUUCAAGCGCGUAUUGCAAUAACGGUAGCCGCUGUGUACCAAAAAGCUAUGAUAACAUUGAUGAAACCAUGUCACACAGACACACGCGACGUGAGUUGACAAACCCCCUCUUCACCAUGCUGGCUGUGUUUACAACGUAGGACUGUUGGGGCGGGUGUAAAUCGAAACAAACCAAUCACGUCCUGUUUUUUGACAACUGACAAGUGGCUCACCCUCACACACCUCAUCCCUCUCCUCGCAUCACUGCACCGCUAACAGCGGCUAACAGCUGUUAGCAGCCAGUGGGACUGCCCUGUGAUUGCAUUACCUUUCUCCUUCAGCAGCUCUCUCCACCUGGGAAAGGCGACCCCGAUGUUGACCCUCGUUUUUGAAUUGGCCGGUCACGGUGCCUUUUUGAUUCCCUUUUGCGCUUUCUUGGCGAUGAGGAUUCCGUCUCCCGUGAUGCUGCAUAUGCAUGAUCCUGCAUUAUGCUCAAAGACUUUGUUUCAAAUUUGCCAUGGUAGUAGAGAAGCGCCUCUUGCUCCUCUCCUUCGGCUUCUCAGUCACGGAGCGCUGGCCUGGCUCCUUACAGAACCCCCCAGACGACUUACCUGCACAAUGUACAUCCGAAAUUCUCCUUUUAUGAGAAUAAGUCAGAUUAUUGGUGGAGGUAAUAGUACACCAAUGAUGACAUAUUAAUGAAUGCAGACAUCGAUUUUUGCCGAUUAACAACUGAAAAUAUUACACAAUGUCCCUUUAAGACACUUUUUUCAUUACAAGUUUUCUGAAAUAUGAUUAUCUAAUGACAUUUGUGCUUUUUGCAAACAUUUCCAGAACAGAAAUCUGAACUAAGAUAAACCUAAAUGCUUAUUGUGUAUGUUUUCUUUCCACUAGUCUAAAACAAGACGUGUUAUGGAAACAAAACAGCCCAAAAUCUCAAAAUUUACCAGUGCAUUAAAAUGCAUGUUUUCACCCAGGGUGUCUCCCCUUAAAAUGUCAGUCUGUGAUCAAGUGUUAGAUUCAUGUACCAUCACCAUCUCCACAGGAACACAACUAGCACUGCUAAUAAUAUUGUUACUGAUACAUUUUCAUUUUCAUUGUACUUGAGUUUAAAAGAAAUAUUAUCAAUUACACAACAGACAAACACAAACUGUGUAUUCAUCAAACCUGUCCUGCUCAAAUCCUUUGUGAGUCAUGUCCUGUUGUACAUUUUGGAUCUUUCUGUAAUUAAAUACAU